CAUGAUGCCUCGUUUGGUGAGGCACAUUGCUACCAUUAAAGCUUGAUGUCCUAGGAUAGGAUUCUCUCUCAUCACUUUUUCUCUCGGUUUGUUUCCCAAGAAAAUAUAAUGGAGAGAGAAGGCACGGAACAAUUGAGCAGUUCUCUGCUUGCUGAAGAAAACUCGAGCAAAAACGAUCUAAAUGGGAGUAACUCUGCCACUGCUGUUCUAGUGUUCAGCACCUUCAUUGCCGUGUGUGGCUCCUAUAUUUGUGGAGCUACAGUCGGAUAUUCAUCUCCUACUGAGACCGGAAUCAUGGAGGACCUAGGCCUCUCUACGGCAGAGUACUCAGUUUUUGGCUCCACUGUGACAAUUGGAGCAAUGGUGGGUGCAGUCUUUAGUGGUAAAAUUGCAGAUCUUGUUGGCCGGAGAGCUGCAAUGGGGAUUUCAGAAGCAGUCAGCCUCACAGGAUGGCUUGCAAUAGCAUUCUCACAGACUGCAUUGUUGCUUGACAUCGGAAGACUAUUCACAGGAUGUGGUGUUGGACUUCUUACUUAUACGGUACCUGUAUACAUAACGGAAAUUACUCCCAAGAAUCUUCGUGGAAGCUUUGCAGCUGUCCAUCCGUUCAUGCUUACCAUUGGCAUAGCCAUGACAUAUUUCAUUGGAGCUGUAGUCUCUUGGCGUAUUUUGGCUCUUAUAGGGACCAUUCCAUGUGUGGUACAUCUGGUAGGACUUUUCUUCCUCCCGGAGUCACCAAGAUGGCUGGCAAAAGCUGGUAAAGAGAAUGUGUAUGAAACUGCUUUACUGUGUCUUCGAGGAGUAAAUGCUGAUAUAUCUGAAGAAGCUAUUGAAAUUAAGGAAAACAUAGAGGCACUUCAGCAGCUUCCAGAGGGUAGAAUCCUAGAAUUGUUCCAAAGGAUAUAUGCCCGGUCCCUCAUCACUGGAGUUGGGUUGGUGUUACUCCAACAACUUGGAGGCUCUAUUGCAAUCGCAUCGUAUGCAAGUUCAAUAUUUGAAAAAGCUGGUAGAUUGUGGUUCUUUGGUUUUUCAGUCACAGUUGGGACUAUUGUAAUGAGCGUUGCUCAGAUUCCAAUGACCAUAUUAAGUAUACUCUUAAUGGAUAAAUCAGGAAGAAGACAGCUUCUAAUGGUUUCUUGUUCUGGAACGUGUUUUGGCUGCCUUCUAGUUGGCCUGUCAUUCUCACUGCAGGAUAUUCGGUGGUGGAAAGGGCUCACUCCCGUUCUGGCAUUCAUUGGUUUAGUGACAUACAAUGCAUUUUUUGGACUAGGACUUUCAGGAAUACCAUGGCUGAUAAUGUCAGAGGUAUUUCCCAUUAACAUGAAAGGCUCCGCAGGAAGCCUUUGUAAUUUGGUUUAUUGGUCCAGUUCAUGGUUCAUGACAUACAUCUUUAACUUCUCAAUGGAAUGGAGCUCAGCAGGAACAUUUUUCAUAUUGUCAAGCAUUGGUGGCUUAACUGUUGGAUUUGUUAGAAAGAUAGUUCCAGAGACCAAGGGACAGACACUAGAAGAGAUACAAGCAGUGAUGAACCCGGCAAUAGUGAAAGGAUAAACUACAUGCCUCUGAAAAUGGACUCUACCUUGCUUGGUACAUUUUUGGUAACUGCUUUUUAGUGAUUAUGUUUUGCGGAAACCAUGGUCUGAAAACUUCGAAUGCAUGUACUUUGUAUUGAUGCUGCCAACCAGGCACUAAUAACGCCGCGUUCCCAUU